AUGCUCACGUCGAUCCUGCAGCCCACCUCGCGAUGGUCGACGCUGCUGACGCGAUGCCUGAUCCGCCUCAUGCUCCUCCUCCGUAAGCCUAAGCUCUCGCCGGCUGCCCAGCCGCACGAUGCGCUCGAGUCGCUCCCCUCGAAGCUGCGCCAGAAGUUCUCCAUCUCCAUCACUCGCCUCUCUCUGGCGCUCCCGUCCGACUGGUCCGACGCCAAGCACUGGAACCCGCUCCUCCUCUCGCCCCUCGGACACAAACCCACAAAGCGCACCGUCUUUUACAUGCACGGCGGCGCCUUCAUCCACAUGAUGUCGCCCUUCCACUGGCAGACCGUCGCACGCCUCUCGCAGGAUCUCGAGGCCGACGUCGCCGUGCAGACCUACACGCUGCUGCCCUACGCCGGCAUUCACGACGUGAUCCACAAGCUGGUCGAGGUCUACCGCCACGUCCACGCCGAGGCAAAGAAAAAGGGACACGAGGUCAUUGUCGCGGGCGACUCUGCCGGUGGCUGCCUGGCCGCUUCGCUCACCCUGGCGCUCAACGACGCCAACCUGCCCGUGCCGGACCAGCUUCUCCUCAUCGCCCCCGUCCUCGACGCCGAACUCACCCGCCCUGCCACCCGAGCGCUGCAGCACCGCGACCCCUGGCUCAAGAUUGAUCGACUGGGCCACGUCGGCCACUUUUGGUCGGUGGGCGGAAGCACCGAGCGCGACGUCUUCCUUGCCGUCACGGCCAAAAAGGUGGGCGAGCCGACAAAGGAACAGCGCGAGGCCAUGCGUCACCCCUACGCCAGCCCCAUCCUGGGCGACUGGUCGUUCUACAAGGGCCACAUUACGACCAUCUGCGGCACCAGCGACAUCCUCCUCGCCGACUCGCUCGAGCUCGCAGCCAAGGCAGAGCAGCAGCAGCCACUCGACGUCACCUUUAUCAAGGCCGAAGGCUGCAUCCACGUCUACCCAAUCCUCUUUGGCCUACCCCUCGCCCGCCUCCUUUCCAGGGACUCGGAAAGGGGCUUCGAGCUCAUGGUGCAGAGCGUGCUGAGGAAGAGCAGUGUCUGA